AUGGUAGCCUUUCAUACAAAUACUGGGGCUGCCCGCGACGCUCUAGAGAUAUGGCUGGGGCUCGGCCUCUAUCCACGAUUGAUUCGCUUUCUCUACGACAGUGAUGGUAGCGGUAAUGGAAUCCACCAUUAUGAAGUCAAGAAGUGGCUCGAGCGCCACAACUUGAUCGAUCACGACUUGAAAUUCGCGUCAGUGGCAUACAACUCAACUCAAUUUGCAGACACUGCAGAAGAUAUUAAGACAUUGCAUCCUAUUAACCGAGAAGCUGCUAGAGAUGCCAAUGCCCUGCCUGCUGGGUAG